GUACAGCGACCACGACGAUCGUCAGGGUGAGGCACCGCAGUCGCGGCGGCGUGGUGGAUCGCCAGACUGUUGGAAGCACGACAUGUUCGAAGAGGUGCAGAAUGAGGGAAAGGACGGCAAGAAGGACGACGGAGAGGAACGACAACAGAAGUCGGUGAAGGACACAAAACGAGACGACGAUCAGUCGGAUGAGGAGCCCGCCGAUGAGAAGCCAAAGAACUCCGACAAGAAGGAAGACAAGGAUGAAGAUGAUGCGUCAGACAGCGGGGACGACUAG